AUGGGUAAAGCCAAUGAGGCUGAACUCUGUACACCCUUAACUUCUGUGGAAGAAAGAGAAGCUUAUUACCGUCAUAAGUUUCUAGCUGACGCCGAGAAGGCUUUGCGUCCUACCAACCCUGAUAUUCCAGAGGACAUAGAGAUUGCCGAUGUUGAGCCUAUUAGCGUUCAAUAUCAUUUGAGGUCAAAUUUGGAUUUAUUUAAUCAAUACGGCACUAAUAUUAACAGGAUGCCGAGAACGAAACACACCAGUUACCAACGUGAGGUUGGUGAAAGCAGUAAACCUUCCGUUGAUGAAGAAAUGGUUGACCUUGGGCCUGAAGCUUCGGAUAUCCGAGAAGAAGAUAUCCGGUCAGUCGAAGAUAGCCUAGAACGGCAAGAAAGCGGGGGUGAAAGCAUCGGUAACGAAGACGAUGCAGAUGGGUCUGAAGAGGUUGGGGAAGGAGAAGAUGAUGAGGGUGAAAACAGCGAGACCGACGAGGAAAUUGCUGCAGAUUUCAACCUUGCUGCUCAGAUUGCAGAAGAGGAACGUCUCGACGAGGAAUACGACUCAGAUCAAGAUGAUCCAAAGUAUCUAGAACCUUAA